AUGGCCGGAGCUCAGCACAAUGGCACCAAUGGCUCUGCCAACGGUAGCCCGAGCUCUUCGGCCGCAAAAUACAACCUUGCGCCGCACUUCAUCGGCGGAAACCAUCUUGGCGCUGCAGCGCCCGGCAAGGUCAAGGACUUUGUCGCCGCACAGGACGGCCACACCGUCAUCACAAAUGUGCUCAUCGCCAACAACGGUAUUGCCGCAGUCAAGGAGAUCCGCUCCGUGCGGAAGUGGGCGUACGAGACCUUUGGCGAUGAGCGCGCCAUCCAGUUCACCGUCAUGGCGACGCCCGAGGAUCUGGGGGCGAACGCAGAGUACAUCCGCAUGGCCGACCAGUACGUCGAGGUGCCUGGAGGCACAAACAACAACAACUACGCCAACGUCGAGCUGAUCGUCGACAUUGCCGAGCGUAUGAACGUCCACGCCGUGUGGGCAGGAUGGGGCCACGCAUCCGAGAAUCCCAAGCUUCCCGAGUCCCUCGCCGCCUCGCCGAAGAAGAUCGUCUUCAUUGGCCCCCCAGGGUCCGCCAUGCGGUCGCUCGGAGACAAAAUCUCGUCAACCAUCGUUGCACAGCACGCCAAGGUGCCUUGCAUCCCAUGGUCGGGAGAGGGUGUGGACACAGUCGUGGUCGACGAACAUGGCAUCGUCACUGUCGAGGAUCACAUCUACGACAAGGGCUGCACAAAGUCACCUGAAGAGGGUCUGGAGGCAGCCAAGAAGAUUGGCUUUCCUGUCAUGGUCAAGGCCUCGGAAGGUGGUGGUGGCAAGGGUAUCCGAAAGGUCGAGCGUGAGGAAGAUUUCAUCCCGCUGUACAAGGCCGCCGCGUCAGAAAUCCCUGGCUCGCCCAUCUUCAUCAUGAAGCUCGCAGGCACCGCACGGCAUUUGGAAGUCCAGCUGCUCGCUGAUCAGUACGGCAACAACAUCUCGUUGUUCGGUCGUGACUGCUCCGUUCAGCGACGACACCAGAAAAUCAUUGAGGAGGCGCCUGUGACGGUCGCGACCCCAAAGACCUUCCACGAGAUGGAGAAGGCGGCUGUGGCUCUCGGAAAGCUUGUCGGAUACGUCUCUGCCGGUACUGUCGAAUAUCUGUAUUCGCAUGCUGACGACAAGUUCUACUUCCUUGAGUUGAACCCCCGUCUCCAGGUCGAGCAUCCCACGACUGAAAUGGUCACUGGCGUGAACCUCCCAGCUGCUCAGCUUCAGAUUGCGAUGGGUCUUCCCCUGCACCGCAUCCGCGACAUCAGACUGCUUUAUGGCGCUGAUCCCCACACUAGCACCCCGUUGGACUUUGAUUUUGACAAAGAGGGUAGCGUGCAGAAGCAGCGACGACCCACUCCAAAGGGCCACUGCACUGCUUGCCGCAUCACGUCAGAAGAUCCCGAUGAGGGCUUCAAGCCUUCCGGUGGUACGAUGCACGAUCUCAACUUCAGGAGUAGCUCCAACGUUUGGGGUUACUUCUCCGUCAGCUCCGCUGGUGGUAUCCACAGCUUCUCCGAUUCUCAGUUCGGCCACAUCUUUGCCUACGGUGAGAACCGACAAGCAUCACGGAAACACAUGGUUGUUGCACUUAAGGAAUUGAGCAUUCGUGGUGACUUCAAGACCACCGUUGAGUACCUCAUCAAGCUUCUCGAGACCCCUGCUUUCGAGGACAACACUAUCACAACCGGCUGGUUGGACGAGCUGAUUUCCAAGAAGCUUACUGCUGAGCGUCCUGACCCGUUGAUCGCCGUCAUCUGCGGAGCCGUCACGAAGGCGCAUGUUGCGAGCGAAGCUUGCAUUACCGAGUACAAGACAAGUCUGGAGAAGGGCCAGGUUCCUUCCAAGGACGUUCUUAAGACUGUGUUCCCCAUAGAUUUCAUUUAUGAGGGUUACCGCUACAAGUUCACCGCUACCCGAUCCAGCAUCGACAGCUUCACUCUCUUCAUCAAUGGCUCAAAGUGCUCCGUUGGCGUGAGAGCGCUCGCUGAUGGCGGUCUUCUUGUGCUUCUUAGCGGAAAAUCACACAGCGUCUACUGGAAGGAGGAGGUCGGCGCCACUCGUGUCUCCGUCGACGGAAAGACCGCGCUUCUCGAGCAGGAGAACGACCCUACUCAGCUCCGCACGCCGUCUCCCGGUAAGCUGGUCAAGUUCACUGUCGAGAACGGCGACCACAUCAGGAAGGGACAGUCUUUUGCCGAAGUCGAAGUCAUGAAGAUGUACAUGCCGCUUAUCGCCCAGGAGGACGGUAUUGUCAGUUUCAUCAAGCAGCCUGGAGCUAGCCUCGAAGCCGGAGAUAUUCUUGGUAUACUCGCACUGGACGAUCCUUCCAAGGUGAAGUCCGCUCAGCCAUUUGUGGGUCUGCUGCCCGAUCUUGGCCCACCACAGGUUAUGGGUAACAAGCCGCCUCAGAGGUUCACCUACCUCUUUGGGAUCGUCACGCACAUUCUGCAGGGCUUUGACAACCAGGUCAUCAUGCAGAGCACGCUGAAAGAGCUUGUCGAGGUUCUCCGUGACCCAGAGCUGCCAUAUGGCGAGUGGAACGCACAGGCCUCCGCUCUCCACUCCCGCAUGCCUCAGAAGCUUGACACCAUCUUGUCAGAAGUCGUCGAGCGUGCCCACAAGCGAAGCCUAGAAUUCCCUGCCAAGCAACUCUCCAAGGCUUUCCAACGGUUCCUCGAUGACAACGUCCCCAAGGCCGAUGCAGACCUGUUGAUGGCUGGUCUGUCACCAUUGACAGAGAUCAUCGACCGCUACGCCGAUGGGCUCAAGGCGCAUGAGUACACUGUCAUGAUCCGGCUUCUCGAGCAAUACUGGACGGUAGAGAAUUUGUUCUCCAACCGCGCUGGCCGGGAUGAGGAGGUUGUCCUCAAGCUGCGUGACGAGAACCGCGGCAACAUCAUUCCCGUUGUCCACACAGUGCUGUCCCACACCCGAGUAAAUGCCAAGAACAAUCUUCUCAUUGCGAUCCUGGACCUUUACCGGCCGAACAAGCCCGGAGCUGGCAAUGUUGCGAAGUACUUCAAGGAUGCCCUCAAGAAGCUUACUGAGCUCGAAUCCCGACAAACUGCCAAGGUUUCUCUGAAGGCUCGUGAGGUGCUUAUUCAGUGUGCCAUGCCUUCUCUCGAAGAGCGAACUUCACAGAUGGAGCACAUUCUCCGGUCCGCUGUUGUCGAGUCUCGAUACGGCGAGAGCGGAUGGGACCACCGUGAGCCUCACUUUGAGGUCAUCAAGGAAGUCGUUGAUUCGAGAUACACUGUCUUCGACGUGCUACCUCAGUUCUUCGUCCACCAGGAUCCCUGGGUAGCCCUCGCUGCUUUGGAAGUGUACACUCGCCGCGCCUACCGCGCCUACCAGCUCAAGGACAUACACUACCACACAGACAACGAACAGCCGUAUCUCCUUUCUUGGGAUUUCAUCUUGCGCAAGGUUGGUGAGCAAGAGUACGGCCUCCCCGUUGAGGCUUCACAGCCCGGCACGCCAAGCACACCUGCAUUUGAGCGGCCCCCUCGCAUCCACUCGAUCAGUGACAUGUCUUACCUGAACUCAAAGGUAGAGGGUGAGCCCAGUCGCAAGGGUGUGGUAGUCCCUGUAGAAUACUUGGAUGAUGUUGAUGAGUCUAUUGGCAAGGCUCUCGAGAUCUUCCCUGCCCUUGGCGCGAAGAAGAGCGCUGUCAACCUCAAGGAGAGCAUGACCUUGAAGCGUACUCCUACUUCCGGCGCGAACGUGAACCAGACUCCUGAUGAGCUUACCGGAGUCCUGAACGUUGCCGUUCGCGAUGUCGAGAGCUUCGACGACAAGGAGAUCCUGGAGCGUAUCUUGCCGAUCGUGAAGGAUUACAGAGACGAGCUCUUGACCCGUCGUAUCCGCCGUCUCACAUUUGUUUGCGGUCAUAAGGAUGGAACAUACCCUGGAUACUUCACUUUCCGUGGCCCUCACUACAACGAGGAUGACAGCAUUCGUCACGUUGAACCUGCUCUCGCCUUCCAGCUUGAGCUUGGCCGUCUUUCCAAGUUCAACAUCAAACCGGUCUUCACCGAAAACCGCAACAUCCACAUCUACGAAGCUGUAGGCAAGGGAGCUGAGAGCGACAAGCGCUACUUCUUGAGAGCAGUGGUUCGUUCUGGCCGUCUUCGGGAGGACAUUCCUACGGCCGAGUACAUGAUCUCGGAGACUGAUAGGCUCAUGACCGAUAUCCUGGACGCUCUCGAAAUCGUCGGAACUUCUCAAGCUGACAUGAACCACAUUUUUAUCAACUUCUCUCAUGUCUUCCCGCUUGCUUUGAGCGAGAUUGAAGAAGCCAUCGGUGGCUUCUUGGAUCGUUUCGGUCGUCGUCUUUGGCGCCUGCGCGUUACAGGUGCGGAAAUCCGCAUCAUUGUGACCGAUCCCUCAACUGGUGCUCCUUACCCUCUCCGCGUUGUCAUCACCAACACAUCCGGCUAUGUUAUCAAUGUGGAGAUGUACGCCGAGCGCAAGUCCGAGAAGGCUGGCAAGUGGGUUUUCCACAGUGUCGGUGGGACGACCAAGAUUGGUGCUCUCCACCUACAGCCCGUCAACACUCCCUACCCCACCAAGGGAGCCCUGCAACCGAAGCGUUACAAGGCCCAUCUCAUGGGUACUCAGUAUGUUUACGACUUCCCUGAGCUAUUCCGUCAGGCCACAGAGAACUGCUGGAACCUUGCUGUUGGCAAGCAUGCUCAUCUGAGCGAGAAGCAGCCCCAAAAGGGUGAGUGCAUCGAAUAUUACGAGUUGGUACUCGAUGACAACGACAACCUGGCUGAGGUGAACCGUGAACCUGGCACCAAUACCAUUGGUAUGGUUGGAUGGAUCGUUACGGCCAAGACACCAGAGUACUCGCGUGGUCGUCGUUACAUCAUCAUCGCCAACGACAUCACUUUCAAGAUUGGUUCAUUUGGGCCGCAAGAAGAUAAAUUCUUCCACAAGUGCUCCGAACUCGCUCGCAAGCUUGGCAUUCCCCGCAUCUACCUAUCUGCCAAUUCUGGUGCUCGCAUUGGUCUCGCUGAGGAGCUCAUUCCUCACUUCUCCGUCGCAUGGAAGGAUGCCAGCAAGCCAGAAUCAGGAUUCGAUUACCUAUACCUGACACCCCAGAAGUACAAGGCUUUCAUUGACGGUCAGCGUGAGGAUGUCAUCUGCGAGAAGGUCACAGUCGAAGAUGAAGAGCGAUUCAAGAUCACCACGAUCAUUGGUCGUGAAGAUGGUCUCGGUGUUGAGUCUCUUCGUGGAUCGGGUUUGAUUGCCGGUGAAACCUCCAGGGCUUACGAAGACAUCUUCACCAUAACUUUGGUCACUUGCCGUUCGGUUGGUAUUGGUGCCUAUCUUGUCCGCCUCGGCCAGCGUGCUAUCCAGAUCGAGGGUCAGCCUAUCAUUCUCACCGGUGCCCAAGCUAUCAACAAGCUUCUUGGUCGCGAAGUGUACACGUCCAACCUCCAGCUUGGAGGUACUCAAAUCAUGUACAGGAACGGUGUUUCUCAUAUGACCGCUGAGGAUGACUUCGAGGGCGUCUCUAAGAUUGUCAAGUGGAUGGCUUACGUUCCCGACAAGAAGGGCAACCCAGUUCCCGUUUCCCCUACUGCAGACGAGUGGGACCGUGACGUCGUCUAUUAUCCCCCUGGCAAGUCUGCCUACGAUGUAAGGCAUCUGAUCGCAGGCAAAGAGGAUGAGGAUGGCUUCCAGGCUGGACUGUUCGACCGUGGGUCCUUCGAGGAGACUCUCGGCGGUUGGGCCAAGACCGUCGUUGUCGGUCGCGCUCGACUCGGCGGAAUCCCGAUUGGUGUUAUCGGCGUAGAAACCCGCUCCGUUGAGAACGUUACACCGGCUGAUCCCGCCAACCCCGACUCUAUCGAGCAAAUCACGUCGGAAGCCGGUGGUGUCUGGUACCCUAACUCCGCUUUCAAGACCGCUCAGGCUAUCAAGGACUUCAACAAUGGUGAGCAAUUGCCUCUGAUGAUCCUUGCCAACUGGCGUGGUUUCUCGGGCGGUCAACGCGACAUGUACAACGAGGUCCUCAAGUACGGUUCGUACAUUGUCGAUGCCCUCGUCAAGUACGAGCAGCCCGUCUUCGUCUACAUUCCUCCCUUUGGCGAGCUCCGCGGUGGAUCUUGGGUCGUCGUAGACCCCACCAUCAAUCCUCAAUACAUGGAAAUGUACGCCGAUGAGGAUUCCCGGGGUGGUGUGUUGGAGCCGGAAGGAAUUGUCGGCAUCAAGUACCGCAAGGAGAAGCAACUCGAGACAAUGGCCCGCAACGAUCCCACCUAUGGCGCUCUGAAACGCAAGCUGAACGACCCUGCAACGCCCCACGAUCAACUCCAGAGCAUCAAGGCCGAGAUGACGGAGCGCGAACAGCUGCUUCUGCCCGUAUACAGCCAGAUUGCUCUACAGUUUGCCGAUCUACACGACCGCGCAGGUCGUAUGGAGGCCAAGGGUGUUAUUCGCUCGUCCCUCAAAUGGCAGAAUGCGCGUCGGUUCUUCUACUGGCGUCUUCGUCGCCGUCUCAACGAGGAGUACAUCCUCAGGAAGCUCGCCACGGCGGCAGCACCGUCCUCUGCCGAACACCCGUCGGCUAAGCUGGACCCUACUACCCGCUCGAAGGGUCUUGAGAUGUUGAAAGCUUGGUCUGCGGUUCCCAAGUUCGACCAGGACGAUAUGAGUGUUGCGGUGUGGUACGAGGAGAACAGGAAGACUGUACACGAUCGCGUAGAGCUCCUUAAGACGGAUGGCAUUGCGCUUGAGGUUGCACAGCUCAUGCGGAAAGACCGCGAGGGCGGUCUCAAGGGUGUCAUGGCGUUAUUGAGCACCCUGCCAACGGGCGAGAAGGAGGAGGUACUCAAGAUGUUGUCGAAGGCGUAA